CGUUCUCCUAUAUUUCUACCUCCGUCAUGUAGAGUAAAAAGAGUGUUUGAAGUGUUAUGUUGUGUUAAAAUAAGUGGAACAAAUAAAUCUCAUUAAAAAUCUUUUCUUUCGUUAGAAAACAAAUCUUUUUUCAAGUUAAAAUAUGGAAGCAGAGCCUGUAGACCUCGAAGAUGGAGAAGUUGUUGAUGAAGAGCCAAGUGAUGCCUUCGAAGGAUAUAAUGUAUUACAAAGGCCUCAUAUCGUACAAGCAAAGGAAGAGCAAGUGAAACUGGGAUACAGUGAUGAAUCAGAUGAUACCGAUGAUACGGAAAGUGAUUCGGAUUCUGAUUCCGCACAUACUAGAAACAAAAAACCUAAGUUAAAAAUAAAAAAAACAAAAAGCUUGUCUAAUAAUUGGGGACCAAAUAAUGAUAAAUACAAAGUAUGGUGUACGCAGGUUCAAGAAGAAUCAUUAACGGAAGAUUUAGUUUCAUGUGGUGUUACAAAGAAACUUUAUCAACGUAAUGUCGAAAGUUAUAAUUUUACUCUUAGAUUUCCAUCCAAUGCUAAUGAAUCUCACAACAAUAAUAGUUCAGAUGAUGAAAGAUAUUCUGGACAGAGAUUAACCAAUAAAAGAACUAAUUCUGAUAGACACAAUUUGAAACUUAGAUUAGGAAAAAGGAGAAAUUCAAUGGAAGUUGAAAAUCAGAAGGGAUCUGUACGUAUUAUAGCAGAUUUAAGUACGACUAUAGAUUCAACAGAUUCAGAAGUCGCCACCGAUAUUACAAAUAAACUUCGUGAAAAAAAGGAUUCUCUUAUAAGCAAAAUAGUGCGUAUAAUUGGAAAAGAAAAAGCAAUAGACUUUUUUCAGAAGACUAAACAAAUUGAAGAAGGCGGUGGUUUGUUAAUAAUGAACGGAUCUCGUAGAAGAACUGCAGGUGGUGUAUAUUUAUGGCUUGUAAAAAAUGACGAACAUCUUCCACAAGAAAAGAUCAGAGAAAUAUUUCAAUUCAAUAAGAAAAAGAAUGCAGAAGAAAAUAAUAAAAAUGUAGAAGUCGAUGAGAAUAGAAAAAAAACACAGGAACUUAUGAGAAAUCUUGAAAAUGGUUCUGACAAGGAUCUUCCAACUUUACUAACAAGAGCAGAACUUUCAACCAGACAGAUUGCAGAAGAAGCAAGAUUAAGACGCGGUGUAGGAAUGGACAGAAUGCCUUUAGACUCCGAUCGUACAGUAACUAAUCCUCCACCUAGUCCCGUUACAGAUGAUCCAGAUCACACUGAACACCACUCUGAAUCAAGACAAGUUCAAGAUUAUACGGAAGAUUUUCUUGACAUUGGUAUAGAUGUGGACAGCAUGGAAGUGUUUUAAGUAUUCUCAUUUUAUUUAGUAAUUCCUUUCAUAUAUUAACAUCAAAGGUACAAUGCAGAAUAAUUCUAAUUUAGGCUACAAUAUAACGCGUCUAUAUGCAAUGAUUUUGCAGAAUUUGCACAUGUGCUCAUCAUAUUCAUAGAUGACAAUGUUAGACUAAUUUAUAAUACAGAAAUAGUCAAGUUUUUAUUUCCCGUCUUACAAUUAUUUAUUAUUCGAAUUAUAUUAUUUAUGUAAUAAUAUAAUUUAUAGCUUGUAAAUAUCUUCGCGAUGUGCUUAUUAUUAUAUUAUUAUUAUUAUUAUUAUUAUUACGACACUUCUACUACUACUACUACUACUACUACUACUACUUCUACUUUUUUUUUGUGUUUGUUUCGACAGAGGAAAAAUCUUUUUAAGACAUCCCUCUCGGGCGUGUGGGAUUUCCACCCACUAAAAAAACCCUGCCUCUUCACACUCCAUCCCGGAAACACAGCUUGUAGCCACUACGUCGAGAAUAGUCUUAUCUAAGCUUCACCUGUCGAUUGGUCGUCUUUCAUCUUUUUCCUCUCUUUUCAUUAUCUCUACUAUCAGCUCGUUUACUUCGUCCCAUGAUGCCUUGCUGGCUAUCAUUUCUGCUGUUAAAUUGUCCACGGUUAGAAUCUUGCCUAUUUUUGCAAAGGUUGUCUGUCUCCUAGUUUCCUUCCUUACUGAAUCUGUCUAUCAACAUUUUCAUCUCCGAUGACUCCUUCAUGAGCUGCCCUCCCCCUAUCUUCCGUCUCGGUCUUUUUCUCGCUCGCAACUUCCUCCUUCCCCGUGGUACAUGCUGUCCAGGAGUGUGCUCUUUCCCGCGGGGGUGUUCUUUGUACUCUUCCCUUUC